AUGGUGAGGGCAGCGAGAGGCGUCCUCCUAAGCGUCUUCGGUGAUGGCGAGCUUGCGGAUGCCCCUGUGCCUGCCGUCUUGGAGAACAAUGACGCCACCAUCGACGUCAGGGCAGAGGUGGCCUCAUGGGACACAGCGGGGCAGGAGGACUAUGACCGCAUCGACUCGCCCGACUUCCUGCACAAACCGGAGUCGUGGAGGCCGGAGGUCCGCCACUUCUGCGCCAGCGUGUCCGUCAUCUUCGCAAAGGUGAUGAACCCCGGCUGCCACUUGCCCAUACUGGCAGAUCCAGCCAUGACGAAGCACAAGCACGGUGUUCCUGCGGAAGGGCGUACCACGUCGGUGAAGACCAACGCCAACGACUCACCUGGAGUACAAUGCCAAGACCAAGGACGAACGCUUGCCGAUUUCCCUGACCAGAUUCUGCUUUGA